AUGCCCCCUUCCUACCACCACGACUACCCCUACGUCCCCCCGCCCGUGCCCAUGGACACCAUGGACCCCAUACCCCCACCGCCGCCCGUAGCUCACAAAGUGUGGAUUUUGGACUGCAAGGGCUGUGGGAUGUUCUUGACGAAUCGUGGGAUGAAGGCAGUACUGCUUUUACGGCCAAAUGUACCCCUCUACUCCACCGACGCGCUGCCGAUCAAUUGCUCCGCCUACGCGCCUUCCUCGAGUGUCCGCGUUCCCCCUCCGACAAGCGGCCCACCCGUCGCACCGACGGCCACAGUCGAUGGUCCCUUGACCCACCCAGACGAGUGCCCCGCACCGCCGACCUCUCCCGAGCGCACAAGCUCGCGUUCGUGCGAAUGCCUCACUCAGACGCUCUGCUGCCACGGCUGCGGGACCCCUGUUGGUUACAUGAUUGUGAGCCCGUGCCGGCGGUGCACGUCGUCCAUCUCGGUCAGCAACCGGACAACGAACGGCCAUCGCUUCGUGUUCUACUCAGCCGAAGUGACGGCGGAGGAGAGGCACUACGUCGCGGGCGAGCGUGGGGUCAUCCCGUUCCACCCGCCGGCGACGGCUCCCACUGCGCAGUCGACCGCGGUUUCCAGGCACCCGGGGUUCAGUCCUGCGCUGUUCUAUACGUACACGAUGGGCGCGGCGCAGGGGCUGACGCGCACGAAUGACCCCGCGAGCACUUCCGAGGGCCGGGACCAGCUGCUGAUGCAUGCGACGGAGAGUAUGUCGCAGGCGCACUCCCGCACGCUCUCGGCGACCAGCUCUGAUUCGAUGCCGCCGCUCAUGGACCCUGAAAGCCCAUUCCGGCACGUGCACUCGAGCCCGCCGUCGCCAUCGCGCCCCUCCCCGCCCCCGCCUACUCGCGCCGUGUCGUCCCAUCCCACCAAUGCCCCGAACUCGCCACACCUGGACGUCACAAGCGGUCCGCCUGCGCCGCCCGAAGCGCCAGUAAGGCUGCGGGUGGGCGAGGUGCUGCACUGGCACAACCUUGUGCGCAGUGGCGAGAUUCCGCCGGUGUGUGACGACGCGCGGGCACGGAGGAAGGGCUUGGGUGUGGACGCGAAGAGCUGUGCGCAGGAGGCCAAGGACGAACGGAAGCGUGCUGCAGCGACGAAGCCCCCCGUCUUCGCAGGCCGAUGA